AUGGCGCCAGCACCACCGCCUCUACCGACGCGGUUCCCGUGCUGGUGCAGAGCUGUAUACUCGUGGGGAGGAGAGUCCAAACGUGACCUAGGGUUUAUCGAGGGUGAUUUGAUCGAAUGUCUGAACGCUGGCGAUGGUUCUUGGUGGACGGGGAGGCUACGAAGGGAUCGACGCAUGGUCGGCGUCUUUCCCUCCAACUUUGUCGAGCUUCUUCCAGAUGACUUCCGGCCCAUGAGCAGAUCCACGAGUCCGCUUCCCCAGAACAACACACCAAGUCCCAAAGAUACGCCCCAAAAGUCCAGGACAUUUCGAAAACCGUUCGAGGCCUAUGCAAAAGCGCCGCAUUACACGACAGCAAAGCAGCCCGAAACGUACAAGGAGAGCCCUACCCACUCACGCGAAGCUUCUGCCACUAGCAUCGCAGCCAGAGCUCCCAGUCCUGCGCCGCCUAGAGCUCACCAACAAAAUUCUUAUCGUGCCGUCAGCCCAGCGCCGGCCCACAGAUAUGACGAUAUGAGGAGAGCCGCGAGCCCUGCCCCAUCACAUCGAUACAAUGACAUGAGGAGGGCCGCGAGCCCUGCGCCCGCACAAAGAUAUAACGACAUGAGGAGAGCUGCGAGCCCUGCGCCAUUACAGAGAUACGAGGAAAUGAGGAGGGCCGUGAGCCCUGGCGGUUUUGAUGCUUUCGGAUCAAGAGCACCCUCUCCGGCGCCAUCAGAAAUCGCUUACAAGCCUUAUCGGCCAUCGGUGGGCAGCUUCGAUUCCGCGCAACAACUCAACCUGCAGGAUGGCCCCGAGUCUCCGCCCCCGCCAGCACCUCCCCCUCACCGACAUGUGCCACGGCACAACUCAAACAUGUCGUACGAUAGCCGGAAUGGUGCAGGUCUAGAAAGGCAUGGCUCGAACCUCAGCUACGAUAACCGACAAGCGGGCCUCAGCAGACACGGCUCAAACGUACAGUACGACCAUCAGCAGCCGGAGAUCGACGGGAGCAGGCAUGGCUCGAAUGUUCCAUAUGGUCUGCGUACGACUGGUUACCAUACCCCUAGGGCUCCGUCUCCAUGUCCUCCAUCACCAGGUCUGGGACGUGGCGGGAUGACGCCCUCCCCUCUUCGGGAAGCUAUGGACGGCGUUAUGGAACAACUGGGUGCUCUCGGCCUACCUCCUCAAGAUCCAUCACCAGAGCCCACUCCCUUCGACCCCUGGUCCCCCGAGUCCUUCGAUAUGGUUCACCAACAGUCGAGAAGACGCAACCACAAAAAGGAACAGUUGCGGCCCCAGACUUCUAUGGGGAUCGCGAGAGCCGACUCCGGGUAUGAGACCUAUAGCGGAGGCUCAUCACAGGGAGGCAGUCAAGAGAACACUCUUCAUGAUAUGGGUCAUGACCCGGACGAACUUGGACUUCCACAGCUGAGCAACUAUGUUGAAAGGAUGGAGACACGGCUGAGAAGCAUGCACAACCAGAGUUCUAGUCGAGUUGACGACGAGGUGGCUCCACCACCUCCGCCCAAGUCCCAGGCUUACGACCGACCAAAGUCAUCUAUGGGAGGCAGCAUCCAUGGGUCUUCAAGCCAAGCUGGAAGUCAGCCCAAGCUCCGACAUAGGAAGUCGGCGUAUGACGUCGGCAGACAAGUACUGGGACGGACAUUUACCACCAAGACGAAUUCGACCAGCACAUCCUCAGGAAACCAGAGCACAACGACACAAAGUACAAGCCACAGCUUGAUGAGCGGGGUGUCUGCUGGAGGCAUAAGCGCUACCAGUGCGGGAAGCUUGGCACGAAAAAAUCAGCACCGAAGAGCUCAAAGUGCUAUGAGCAUGCGCGAGCCGGAGUUGGAUCGGCCAGAAACCCCCUUCACCGGCGUGACUUACCACAGCAGCCAUGCAUCCGAUGCCCAGGUGGCAAGGCCCAAGUCACAAGUCGCAUAUCACAACGACGACCCAAUGGCAAACAUCGGCGGCCUGGGAGGAUUGACGACACCCAAGACAAAAAAGUCCAACUUUUUCAGGAAAAUAUUGGAAUCCGCCAAGACUGGAGUCGCAAGCACUCGAGGCAGCAUCGCAACGGCGGGUGCAGGGUCCAUGAAUACGCCACGAGGCCGCUCAACGCCCAACGGGUUUGGGGGGAUCGCAGGGGGACUGGCCGGACCCGGCGCUAAGGGAGAUGCUGCAAGGGAAAUGGGCCUUGGAGCAGGCGUCGACUGGGUACAGAUCCGUCGAGAUGUGAACCGAUCGAACACGCUGAGCCGCAACGAAAGAAGCGAGCGACGUGAGCGCUGCCAGAUGAUGGACUACCCAGCUUUGGAUCCCGUGGACGAGCUUUACGGCAGCAUAGAUGGGGACGAGGGCGCAGACGGUAUGCCUGUGGCGGAACCAAUGGACUAUGCGGCCAUCAACUUGAGCCAGGUGGACAAGAAUUCGCGCUUCAUCAGCGGCCUACCCCCGACCACAACCUCGAUAACCUUGGCGACAACCUAUGUUUGUAGGCCAUAUCGUAGCGACGUGCAGCGGCUGCGGGCCAUCUUUACUUGGGUAUCCGAGAAGAUCUGCUGGGAGGAAGAUUUCGAAGGCCAGAUCGAUACCAGGCGAUCGAUAGCAAGCAAGCGUGGCUGUGCCGAGGAAUACGCCGUGCUAGUAUACGAGAUGUGCGCAGCAGUCGGGAUACACUGCGAGGUCGUCCGUGGCUACCUCAAAUCCCCUGGCGAGGUACCCGAGAUGGGACUGAUGCCACGGUCAAACCAUUGGUGGAACGCAGUCCUUGUGGACAAUGAGUGGCGAAUGAUAGAUGCUUGCCUGGCCAGUCCUUCAAAUCCUCAACGAGGCCUGUACUCCAGCGCAGGCAGUGGUGUUGCAGAUCCCUGGUGGUUUUUGACACGACCCACCGAGAUCUGCUGGACGCAUAUUCCGGAACACCACGGACAGCAGCACAUAUGCCCGCCUGUGGCUCACGAGAUCCUCCUCAACCUGCCAUGCGCCUCUCCGCCAUACUUUCGAAACGGUCUGCAUCUAGUGGACUACAACACAUCGUUGACACGGAUCGAGGAUCUCGAGAUGGUGCAUGUCAAGUUCACCGUGCCAGAGGAUGUAGAGGUGGCCGCUGAGGUUGAGGUGCGGGCCUUCUCGAGGGACGCUGACGGCGACUUUUUCGAGUCCGGAGACGUGGUGAAGAAGCGGGCUCUGGCGCAGGCUGACUGGGUUGGCGGAGCGAAACGAUACACGGUCAAGGCGCUGUUGCCCGGCGAUGAGGGCACCGGAGUUCUCAAGGUGUACGCAGGAAAGAGGGGCCUGAUGCACAGCAUCAAAGACAUACCGCAUCCGGUGGCGUUUGCGGUGCCAAUAAUGCAUACCGGGGAGAACCCUCCGUACGAGUUUGUUACGCGGCACCCGACGCCGCAUGCGCAGAGGCACGACAUAUAUGUUGUGCAGCCCCAGUGCCAGCGGCUGGCGCUGAACAACACGUUUGUGUUUGCGAUACGACAACACCCCAGCUCGUUGGGGACGGGGUCCGCGAUGACGCCAUCCUCUAACCCAGGGGGCGCAUCGCCAAUACCGUUUGCAAGACCGGGCUCGGCGAUGAGCAUGACCAGCUCUAGCGCAGCAGGAUCCAUGCCCAGUUCGGCAUCAACCAACGGAUCUGGGGUGGUGAGCGGGAAGAAGCCGGCCAAGUUGGCGAUCCAGACGCCAGGCGGCAAAAUCCUUAGGCUCAUGAGAAAGGAAGAGCGAAGAAACGGGGCAGUGGGCGUCGGCGGCAGGACUGCCGGGUCUGACGAGGACGUGAGUGACGGCGGUACAUGGGAAACGAUUAUAAAGUGCAGUGAAAAGGGUGUUUGGCGUGGGCUUGUCCUGGCAGAUAGGACAGCGAGAUGGCAGCGCCUCCACAGCGGCCCGAGUUUUGUGACCAACUUCAUCAGAACCCAGCUGAAAACGCUGCCGGAGCCGAAAUCUGACUUCACCGGCAAGACCGUGAUCGUGACAGGCGGCAACAGCGGGCUGGGCCGGGAGGCGGCGCGGUAUUUUGCCCGGCUGGGUGCGGCCAAGGUGAUACUGGCAUGCCGCGACACGGCCAAGGGCGAGGUGGCGCGGGCCGACAUUGAGGUGUCGACGCGCAGCAGCCGGCCGCCCAGCGCGGCGGGCGUGCGCCUGGCCGUCGAGGUGUGGCAGGUCGACAUGUCGAGCGGGUCUAGCGUGCGCGACUUUUGCGCCCGGGUCGAGCGCGAGCUGCCGAGGCUCGACUCGCUCGUUCUCAAUGCCGGCGUCGCCAUCGGCGCCUUUGUCGAGUGCGAGGGCGGCUGGGAGAGCAGCGUCGCCAUCAACGUCAUCGGCACCUUCCUCAUGGCCGUGCUGUGUCUCCCACUCAUGCGCCGCACCGCCGCCCAGCACAAUGUCGAGCCGACCAUUGCCGUCGUGGCCUCGGACGCGCACGUCUUUGCCAGCUUUGCCGAGAGGAAGCGCCAGGGCCCCAUCUUUGACGCCUUUAAGAGCGCCGCCGACAUGAACGAGGACCGCUACAACGUGACCAAGCUGCUCGACAUCCUGCUCGCCAGGGAGCUGGCCGCCAGGCUGGGCCCGGACAGCCCCGUCGUCGUCAACUCGCUAAACCCGGGCCUGUGCCAGUCCGAGCUGUUCCGCCACUGCCCCUUCCCGCUCAGCGCCCUACUGCGCCUCGGCCUGCUGAUCCUGGGCCGCAAGACCGAGGUCGGCGCCAGAACGCUGGUGGCGGCGGCGGCGGCCGGGCGCGAGACCCACGGAAAGUACAUGGACUCGUGCGAGCUCGCCAACGAGAGCGUGUUUGUCCGGAGCGAUGAGGGUCGCGCCGCCGGAGUGAGGGUAUUUGACGAGUUGAUGGCCAUCAUGGAGGGUUUCGCCCCCGGGGUGAGGGAGAACUUGAAGGCGUCCACCACGACGUCGAUGGCGACGGCACCGGCUAAUACAGCGCAGGCUUCCUCUUGA